AUACGAUUAUGAGGUUUUGCUACAAAAUUCCACGUUCUGUCUAGUGCCUAGGGGUCGCCGCCUGGGCUCGUUCCGAUUCCUCGAGGUCCUCCAGGCGGGAUGCAUACCUGUCCUUCUCUCGAACGGGUGGGCCCUGCCCUUCGCUCAAGUUAUAGACUGGAGCAAAUCUGUACUGUGGGCGGACGAGAGGCUAUUGCUGCAGGUGCCAAAUGUUGUUCGGUCCAUAUCUGCGACGAGGAUCCUGGAAUUACGGCAGCAGUCGCAGGUCCUAUGGGAGCGUUACUUCUCCUCCAUUGAGAAGAUCGUCUUUACGACGCUUGAGAUUAUAAGGGAGAGGCUUCCUCAGCAGUGGAUUCGCGAGGGCCUCAUCUGGAAUAACUCCCCAGGAGCUCUGGUGACGCUUCCAAACUAUUCCGACUCCUAUGCAGAUUUUCCUUUUCACGCACAAUCCUAUUCUGAUCGUUUCACUGCCGUCGUUUACUGUCAGAUUGGAUCACCAGUUGUACCGUCAUCGCCGCUCUAUCGUCUCGUCAGCAACGUGGCUCGCAGCAAAUAUGUUUCCAGGAUUAUCAUUGUUUGGUCGAACGAGCAUCUACCUAUGAAGAACCGUUGGCCCGCGAUGCCCGCCCACGUUACCUUGAAGAUUCUGCAGGCCGGAUCGGAUCCAAUAAAGACAAGCAUCUCGCAACGCUUUUAUCCGCAUCCAUUGAUCAAUACCACGGGUGUUCUCUCUCUGGAUGAGGAUUCUCUACUGACAACAGACGAAGUGGACUUCGCCUUUCAGGUGUGGAAGCAAUUCCCUGACCGCAUCGUAGGCUAUCCGGCCAGGUCACACUACUGGGACGACGCGAAGGGCUCUUGGGGAUACACUUCAAAGUGGACUAACGAUUAUUCGAUUGUCCUCACUGGAGCCGCCUUCUAUCACCGCUACUACAACGUCCUCUACACGGAGUGGUUGAGCCCGCUGCUGCACAAAACGGUGGAGCAAAGUCAGAACUGCGAGGACAUCCUUAUGAACUUCCUGGUUAGCCAUGUGACACGCAGGGCUCCGAUCAAGGUCACCCAACGGAAGCAGUACAAGGAGCAACCGCUAGCUGGUGGAUGGUCUCCGUGGAACGACCCAGACCACUUCAUCCAGCGGCAGACCUGCCUGAACACGUUUGCUGCUGUCUUCGGAUACAUGCCUUUGCUGCGCUCGAACUUACGCCUAGAUCCCGUCUUGUUCAAGGACCCCGUCUCCAACAAGAGAAAGAAGUAUCGUCAGAUCGAACUGGUGGGCAGUUAGCUCGAGCUCACGUCAACAACUUCCUCCUCCUCAUUCCCCGAUAGACAUCUGCAACUGGAUCCAGGUUACAGCUACCUGCCCUUCCCUGCGUUAACAGAAGUGAUGGUUUGCAUAUCGCUGUAUAAAUAUAAUUAUUUGUAAAUACAUUUUAUACAUGACGAGCAGCUAACAUUAAGAUGAUGAAAAAGAAGAGAGAGAAGAGAGAGUUAAGAGCGCAGCUGCCUUUGAAAUCGUUUAGCCGCCCAACGUUCACUCUUAUCAUUAUGAAUUAUCAAACUUUCUUUUAAAUUCAUUCCAUUAGUAUGAUCGUGUAUUUUUUUGUUUAAU